CCUGUUUUGUAACUUCUUUUAGUCUAUUAUUGGGUAAAAUGAAAAUGUAUAUAUACCUUUGAAAGUCCUCAAACCAAAGACGCACUUCCUUCAUUCUUCUUUUUUAUCUAUUUUAGUCUUCACCUUGCCAUCAAUACAACCAUGGCAAGGACUUCUCUGUUGUUAUCUUUAGCCCUAGUUCUAGUCAUCGCCACCUCCGUCUCUGCACACCCACCUAAGCCCAAGAAAACACAAAAGAACAUAUGUCCACCUACUUUGGGGGGAGUCCUAACCUUCCCUUCCCUCGAAAUCUCCAAGUUCAUCGAGCAAAAGGCUAAAUCCGCACCAAACACCGUUCAGUUCAACACUUUGUUCUCCAUAUGCCAAACCUUCAGCAACCAGCUCGCAGCCUUCAAGGUCGCAGGGGCCAGGAAUGUGUUUCGCGUGGUUUACACCAAAUACGCCAUGAUAACCAAGGCCGUGUUUGCGGCUGAAGCAGCUAUUGGUAUUCAAGGUGAGCUCGCGGCUAAGCUAGAGAAGAGCUACAACGGUAUGGCUGGAUGUUUUUUUAAGCUUGAGGAGAAAAUGGCCGAGAUCUCGGCCAAGUACAAGUACAAUGCUAACGCUAAGAUAAGCCAAGGGGACAGGGACAAGAUGGACGAAUGUUUGAUUAAGUUGAAGGGUGCCAUUAAUGGUUUCGUCAAGGUGAUCACUGAGUGCAGCAUGAAGUUCUCUUCCGUGAAGCAAAUCGGUAUCCCUGUCAGAGGCGGUUUGAUCGGUAGUUUCGCCAAGAACGGUGUCGGUUUUGGCUCUGGUUUGAUCGGUUUAAGCGGCCACAGCCAAGCUGAAGCCGAAGCUAAGGUUGGAAUUCAAGGUCAUCCCGGAGGCAGAAGAUUGUUCGGUGGGUUCUUUGACUUCGGAGGAUUCGUUAAAUACGAUGCGGCGGGUAAGGGAAAGUUCAGAGGAGAUGGUGAGUUCAAAUCACGGGUCCACCCUAGCAAGAUACACUUAAACUGAGCAAAGGCGCAAUUUAUGCUUAUGAACAACAACAUAUGAAGGAGAGCCAUGAGUUUAUCUUUACUACAUUUAUUUUGUGUACUACUAAUAUGAAGGAGGGAAACGCCAUGUGAUAUUUUAUCUCUAUUUGUAAACCAUUAAUAAAAAUAUCAGAUAUUUCUAA